CAAAAUAUAGUACAAAUUUUGUGUACAAAUAACUUAAUUGUAACAUAAUAUAGCCUGGAUUGAGGAUCAUUUUGGAGGGUUUACAUAUAGCUUGUCUAACAAGAUUGGGCGGGCAUAUCUUAAAAGAAUCUACGUUUAGAAUUUCAUUUCUGCAGCAACGCCCGGGAAACACAGUCGUCCAUUGAUCGAUCAUUCAUUAUGCAGUCAAAGAAAAGAGGUCUUUCAUUAGAAGAGAAGCGAGAGAGAAUGUUGCAAAUCUUUUAUGAUUCACAAGACUUCUUCCUUCUAAAGGAGCUUGAGAAAUUGGGGCCUAAGAAAGGUGUUAUCAGCCAGUCUGUAAAAGAUGUGGUACAAAGUUUGGUGGAUGAUGACCUCGUUUCAAAAGACAAGAUAGGGACUUCUGUAUAUUUCUGGAGCCUUCCUAGCUGUGCAGGAAAUCAGCUUAGAAAUGUGUACAAAAAGCUUGAGAGUGAUCUCCAAAGCAGUAAAAAGAGGCACUCAGAACUUCUUGAACAAUCUAAGAAUUUGAAGAAAGGACGUGAGGAAUCUGAUGAGCGAGAAGAAGCCCUAGAGGAGUUAAAAGCUACUGAACAGAAACACAAGGAGUUGAAGGAAGAGUUGGCACAGUAUGCAGACAAUGACCCGGCUACUAUUGAAAGAAUGAGGAGUGCAAUUCAAGUUGCUCAUGCUGCAGCCAACAGAUGGACAGAUAACAUCUUUACACUGAGACAAUGGUGUUCCAAUAAUUUCCCUCAGGCCAAAGAGCAACUGGAUCACCUAUACAAUGAGGUAGGAAUUACAGACGAUUUGGACUAUUUGGAGUUGCCUUCGGCAGCCUCCCUUUGCCCUGGUUGAGAACAGAUAGUUUGUGAGUCNCCCCCCCCCACCCCCACCCCACCCCCCGCAUACCCUUUAUAUCUUUCUGUGACUUACUAAUUAAUAUUGAAUGUGUGUAACCCACACUUCUUUCUUGUCCAAUCAUUAAUCCAAUGCAAUUCUUUGUUGCAUUAAAAUCUUGAUAAUUUC